AGUGUUACGAUUGUCGUCUGCUGAUCCAAAGUGGUGUAUACAAUGACUGUAAACGCGAGUAUUUACGAGUGACACGCGCAAGAAGGAAGUGGUGAAUACAUUUUCUGAAAAUUGUUCAUUUUCAAUAUAGUAUGGAAAAUGGCUUCCGGAAGCGAACACACACAGGAACAGAAAGGAUCAGAUCAAGUUAUAGAUUUUAGCUGCACAUUCUGCAGCGAAAACGAAGGGCUUAUUACUGAGGCUCACUUUUUCUGUAAACAAUGCAGUAAAUGUUUCUGCAACCAGUGCGUUAUACUUCACAAUGGGUUGUACAAGAAACAUGCCGUCAGCGGAAUGGGAGAGAAGGAUGUCUGGCCAGCUAAUGAAUCAAAUCCAGGGCUCGAGAAGUGCUAUCAACAUCCUGAUAAAGACAUCGAGCUGUUUUGUGAGGAUCACAGUCGACUGUGUUGUUUGCUUUGUCAAUUCAAUGAUCAUAGGUCAUGCGAACGAGUUGUUUUUGUUGCUAAAAAAGAAAAAGGAUUUCUUCCAACUGCAGACAUUGAAACAAUUACAGCGAACAUAGAAAGACAGCUUAUUCACGUUAGGGAAAUGAUGUCAUUUCGGGACAAGAAUAACACAUCGUCACAGGAAUCAUAUGAGAAAACAUCUGAAGACAUAAAGGCUCUUCGAAAAAACUUCGAAGAAAUGUUUGAUAAAAUUGAGAAAAAUACCAUGAGAGACUUGGACAGAAAAAUGGGGGAAUUGCAAGACACUCUUAAAUCUGACAUGGCAAACCUAAGUCAGUUGGAUGCUAAUUUGAAGCGUCUCAAUUCGGCCGUUUCUAAUCAGAAAAGAAAAGGGGAUCCGUUGACAUUUAUGAUGGAAAUGAAAUAUAUGGAAAUAAUGCAUAUUUCGGAAAUUAUAUUAGACGAUUUGGAUGAAAGUAAUGAUGCAGCGAUCACAUUUGAAUGUAAUACUGAAAUAGGAUCUGUUGUUGGCCAGUUCCUGACCUUUGGAGAAUUUUUUCUCUCAAAAAAUCCUAGUAUGAACACUGAGAUAUACGCUUCUUGUAGAGAAUCCGAGGAGCAUGGCAUCAAAAUGUCGCAUGAGCGUGUGUGUGACAUACGUGGCAUAUGCGAGUUGUCAAAUGGAACACUAGUAAUUGCAGACAGAAAAAACAGUUCAAUCAAAGUGUUAGACAACAACUACCAUGUUGUAAAUUGCAUGGCUCUAUCUUUUCCACCAAACGAUAUCUGCUGUGUAAGCUCUACCAAGGUUGCGGUCGCGGUGAACUCAAUGAAUGGUGGUCAAAUACUAAUCAUAAACAUCACAACAAAGAACGUCACUGUCGAAAACACAUAUGAAUUUAAGCACAAGUGCAAUGGCAUCAUCACAUCAAGUGAAUACAGCCUAUUUAUCACCACAAACACGGCUUUAUUGCAUUAUAAAAUGAACGCAGCGAUGGAGUUUAUCGGAACGAUUCAUGAAGACACAUCCUCGUUCCUCACUGUGAAUAAAUGUGCUAAACGCACGAACAGGCAAAAGGUCUACGUUACAAACUACAAUCACAAUCAGGUCCUCGAAAUUUCACGGAAUGGAACUAAGGAAGUCCUACAUGUUGACUAUGAUCUAGUAAACCCCACGGGUGUGCACGUGACAGAACUCGGGCAAGUUCUCGUGUGUAAUAGCAGCUCAAACACCGUGCUUAUGAUUGACGGACAAGGGCAUGGUACCGUACUGGCCGAUAUGAUGGAUGGAGUAAAGCACCCGCAGUCCGUCUAUUACAGCAAGAUGCGUGGCGAAAUAGUUGUUGGACAAAGUUGUAAUAGACUACUAGUCAUUAAAAAUUGUAUAUAAUAAUGUGAAACACGUUGAGCAUGAACACA